AUGAGUCAAGGCAGUCAGAUUGACCCACUUGUUCCACGUGUUAUUGCCCUCCAAUUCAUCAAGAAGGUUCCGGAACCACCAAUUUUCGGAGUAGAUCUCAAAGCUCACAAGUCGGAAAUAGUCACAAACUAUGCUUCUGACCCAGUCAUUUUGUCCUUACUGGGACCACGUUAUGUUACUGACCCUUUCAGAGUGAAUGGCAGAAAAAUUCCUGAAGACGUUGAGAAUCCAGAUUGGUGGGGGGUGUCCACCCUCCGUAGUCUUCCUGAAGCUCCUUCCCAUCUGAUUGAAGCAAUUGACCUUGAGUGUGGCAUGUUCAGUGACAAAUUUGAAGAGAUCAAAGAGAGUUUUUCAAGGGGCAGCGGACAAGUUUCCGGGAUCUAUCUUAUUGAACAUAUUAACCACCUCACCUCACGUACACAAGCGUUACCAAUGAAGCAAGAUCCACUGGAUUCUUACAUACAAUGGGGGGAAACAUACACAACCAAGUCUUCUUUGUUGAUGUCAAAGUGGAACAAAGUAAACAAAUUGGCACUUCACCGCUUGUAUGACAUGGUGGAUACUGCUACUGCCCAACACAAUACUGUUCUACAAGGUUUUGGAAUAGAGCCCUUGCAUGAAGAGGAAAGAAGAGAAAGAAGACGGGGAGGUAACUUGUGUUACGGGGUAACAACGAAUCGAGAGAACUCCAUCGAGUUCGACGGAUUAGGAAGGAGAACGGCGGGAGUUGGAGGCAGUGCUGCAAGGAGACACGAUCCAUUAGCACCAGAGCCCCUAGAUUUCCACGAGACCUCCAUCGAGUUCGACCCAACCUGCGACCUAGUCGUCGUGUUUCCAGUACCGUUACAGGUAGGCAUUACUCCUCCUCCUGCACCUAACAAUGUAGAAGUUGUCUCCCCCGAGAUCAUAGACGAUUCAGACCCAAGCUCUCCCACUGGACCUCCUGAUAUGGUCUCUGCCACACCCGGCACGGGAGUCACAAGCUAUGCAAAUGUUGUCAAAGAAUCAACUGAAAGACAUAAUACACCCACCACCAUCACCAUGGAGAGGGAUAGAACACCUCAAGGAACUGGUAGUGGUCCUAUUACUGUAAGACCUGAAUCAGUGGAGUUAGAACUUACUGGCCCUUCUUUGCCUGCUGAGAGACCAUUUGAGCAGCGUCCCAUUGAAGAUGGGUCCCCCGAUGGGUUCACUACGGUCACUUACAAAAAGCCAAGUGGCCGGGGCGGGAGUAGCGGUCGACGUCGUCGUCGGGCUCCUCAUAGUGAUAUGGGAGUAGUGCACUACCUCACAUAG